AUGUUUGCUCUCCCCCGUACCCUUGUGACGGCCCAGUUUGCCCGGACUGCUGUGCGGGCCAAGUCGAACGCGGCAGCCAAGCUUGACUCGCUGCUGGCGACCGAGCUGGAAGGCAUCCGCGAGGCCGGAACGUACAAGAACGAGCGCGUGAUCACGUCGAUGCAGGCUGCCGAGGUCGAUGUGGGCCCUGAUCACGUCAUCAACCUGUGCGCCAACAACUAUCUUGGGCUCUGCGACCAUCCCGAGCUGAUCCAGGCCGGCAAGGACGCGCUCGACUCGCACGGUCUCGGGCUGGCGUCGGUGCGGUUCAUCUGCGGGACGCAGGACAUCCACAAGGAGUUGGAGGCCAACGUGGCCAAGUUCCACGGGAUGGAUGACGCCAUUCUGUACGCGGCGUGCUUCGAUGCUAACGCGGGCAUCUUUGAGGCUCUCUUUACGCCGGACGACCUGCUCAUCUCGGACGAGCUCAACCACGCGUCGAUCAUCGACGGCAUGCGGCUGGCCAAGUGCCGGAAGACCCGCUUUGCGCACAUGGACAUGCAUGAUCUCGAGGAGAAGCUCAAGGCCGGACAGGACGCUCGGCAGCGGCUGAUUGUCACCGACGGCGUCUUCUCCAUGGACGGCGACAUUGCGCCGCUGGAGGAGAUUGUCAAGCUCGCGCAGGAGUACGACGCGCUCGUCAUGGUCGACGAGUGCCACGCCACGGGCUUCCUCGGCGCCACUGGCCGCGGCACGCCCGAGUACUGCGGCGUUGCCGACGAGAUUGACAUUGUCAACUCGACACUGGGCAAGGCACUCGGCGGCGGGUCCGGCGGCUACACCACGGCUUCACAGGCCGUGGUCGACGUCCUCCGCCAGCGCUCGCGGCCCCAACAAAAUGUUUGA